CUGGAUUAGCGGGGCGGCAGGGAGGCUGCUAGAGCUGCGGGGUGGCCAGACCGGCCAGUGCGGAGAGGCAGGCGCACCAUGCCGCUGCAGGAUGUCACCCUCCGAGAGGUGUGGGCCUCCGACAGCGGACCUGAGGAGGAAGGCCGGCGGAGCCCAGAGGUCCGGCAGCGCCCCAGGCAGGCCCCCGACCCCCAGCGACCCGCCCGGGGACAGAAACUGAGGAAGAAGAGGAGCGAGGCCCCUGAAUCCCCCGACCCUGCGGGACCCGAGCCCCGGAGACCCGGCGGCGGCCGGGCGGCCGAGCGCGGGGGCGCCCGCCUGGCCGGGCGGAGGGGGAGGCCACGGGAAGAGCCGGCGGAGGCCCGGGCGCCGCAGACCGUCUACACCAAGUUCCUCAGGGACCCCGAGGCCAAGAAGCGCGACCCGCGGGAAACCUUUCUGGUAGCCCGCGCCCCGGACGCCGAGCACGAGGAGGAGGAGGACGAGGAGGAUCAGGAAGAGGAAGCAGGGGAGGCAGAGGAGAAGGAAAAGAAAGAGAAGAUACCUCUGCCUCCCAAGAAGCCCCCAAAAGAGAAGGUGUCUGCAGACAUCAAGGAAAGGAGGGCCAAGGCCCCAGGACUGAUGGAGGACCUGGGGAGCCCUCUCCCCCCACGGAAAGCUCUGCGCAUUAAGAAGAAAGGGAUGCCAGAGAGGGAAGGAACUAAGAUGAGAAAGACAAAGGAGAAAGGGUCUGGGGAGGCUGACAAAGACCUCUCAGUGAGCCCCGGCAGAGUGAGAAAGAAGGCCCCAGCAGCCAUGUUCCUGGUUGGGGUAGAUGGCCCAGCUGAAAAAGCUCUGAAGAAGAAAGACACUCCCAAAGGCUCAGAAGAGGAAAGGAAGGAGGAAGAGGAUGAGGAGGAAGAAGUGGCAGCUGUGGUAACAAAGAACAGUAAUCAGAAGGGCAAAGCCAAAGGAAAAGGCAAAAAGAAGGAGGAGAGGGCUCUAUCCCCACCUGUGGGAGUGCAUGAACCCCAGGAGUUGGUGCUUCAGCCUGCCCCCCAGGGCCGGACAGUGCGCUGCAGGCUGACCCGGAACAAGAAGGGCAUGGAUCGGGGCCUGUAUCCUUCCUACUUCCUGCACCUGGACACAGAGAAGAAGGUGUUCCUCUUGGCUGGCAGGAAAAGGAAACGGAGCAAGACAGCCAAUUACCUCAUCUCUAGUGACCCUACCAAUCUGUCCCGAGGAGGGGAGAAUUUCGUCGGGAAGCUGAGGUCCAACCUCCUGGGCAACCGCUUUACCAUCUUUGACAACGGACAGAACCCUCAGCGUGGAGGAGGCGGCACUGAUGUGGGGAGCCUUCGGCAGGAGCUGGCAGCUGUGAUCUAUGAAACCAACGUGCUGGGCUUCCGAGGUCCUCGGCGCAUGACGGUCGUCAUUCCCGGCAUGAAUGAGGACAAUGAGAGGGUCCCCAUCCGGCCCCGAAAUGUGAGCCCUGCACCAAUGUGAUGCAUCUCCCUGAGG